AUGGUGAGACGAACGGCGUUUGGAAAAUCGGUGGAGGACGUUUUGAGCCGAGGACCGGCGGUUUCGUGGGAUGAAGAUGAUUUUGAUGACGAUGACGAUGACGAUGAGAACGAGGCACAUGAUCACGCGUCUUCGCCGGUGCGUGAAAGCGAGUCACCGGGCGUCGUCGUCGUCGGAGAAGUUGAGGCGUCGCCGGCGAGACGGCGUCGCGCCGUUCCGCCGAGCGAGGCGGUGAGUCCGACGGUGCUGUUGGUGCGCGACAACUCGACGGGACGGCGGACGCAGACGUUUGGGGAGAUAAACAAGUCGGCGCUCGCUCGCGACAACUCGACGCAACCUCGAAUUACGACGGUGUUCACGAAGGCGGCGGCGCCGUGGAAAUUCGAUCAUCGUGUCUUCGGCGAUCGAGCUCCGACGACGACGGCUGACAACACCACGCUGGCUGCAUUCGAACGCUCCAACGACGACGAUUUGGAGUGGACUGCGGCGGUGGAAGAAGCAAAAGUAGAAGGCUUGCGCGUGCUCGAAAAGGCGAUGAAGGAUUUCGUCAGUCGCCGGAGCGUGGGUCGCGUCGGCGCAUCAGCGCGAACGCCAGGCGACUCGAAUGAGAUGACGCUGGACGAAAUAGACGGUUGGGGACACGCGAUGGCACUUCUCGAGCGUGCUGAUGGACUUUGGACGGGACUUCGAGAGACUUUACCGAAAUUGGUGGAGGCCGAACGCGAGACGAUUAGAAAGGCUGCCAAGCUCGAGCGAGACACGCUUCUCGACGACAGCAGUCACGCAAGAUCGCUCGAGGUGGCGUGGGAACUUACCUUUAUCGCCGCAAAGCUGUGGUACAGCAAAGGUUAUCAACUCGAACACGCAGUGGGCACGGAUUGGGCAACGCAGGCGUGGGCUGUCGUCGGUUGGUUGUUGGACGAAUCUCGCGUCGCGAGCUUUCCAGUAGAGCCCAAGAGCGGGAUCGUGCCGCCUACACACUUCAGCCAGGAAGAGUAUACGCAAGCGAUUUGCGAGCGCAUCGCAGAGCUUGUCGCGUGGUGGCCGCGAUGCACGGCGGAUAGACAUCCAGUGCGAGUGCUGUGGAAACUCGUUCACGGCGCGAGUGUGAAUUCAGGCGCCGCGCAAGACUGGCGCUUGACGGCACGAAAGUCCGCUGCGUGUUGUCAAGCGUGCAUGCCCUUGGUGUGGCGACCGUAUGAUGAGUCCUUCAAAGCUGCAAACGCUCGGUUCGUGACUGGUACGGCGUGUGAGGCGUUGUAUCGCGCGCUCGGCGAUCAUCUCGCAAAGUGCGCGUGCGAGCACAAGGUUUUACGCCGCGAGCUCGGCAAAUGGCUUCCCGACGCUCGCUUGAGCAAAAUCACGGAUGAAGUGUGUGCGUACAAGAAUAGCGACAAUGAAUUCAGGGCAUUGGGAGGACACACCUUCCCUUUGUCUCCAGCGGCGCUGCGUCUCCAGCAUCGCGCAAGCGUCCACAUCGAACUGUUUCGCGCUUGCGCGCAAUCUUCUCUGGAUGAUCAAGCCAUGCUUUGCUUGAAGCAAAUCUUCACCUCGCUCGCAUCGCAGAUCAAUUGUAGAGACGACCCCGCACCCCGGUGCAUCUUACUGCGCGCUGUGACGACAUGCCUCGGAAUUUGGCUUGCUCGCGGGGCGACGAGCAGCGAAUGGGGCCGAGCGAAACCAGCAGAGGAAGCAGUUCGAGCAAUGACAACGUUGGCCGACUGUCAAAAAAUGACGGGAGCGCUCGAACCAUCGAUACCAGGGACCACUCACGCGUUUGCCGACGGAGCGGUGAUCGCCGAAGCGUCCGCGGCAUGGGCCACGGCGUUCGCUGUACUCGGCUGCGCCGCCACCGAAUGCAGAAACGAGGGGCUCGAAACUCUGGGCGCGCUUGACAAGC